GGGGAGGAGGGGCGCUGUCUCAGCCUCUGCGCUGGGUAGGCAGCGAUUUGCUGUUGAUGAAGAAGAACAGUGUUUUGUCUUUUUUGUUUUAUUAAGGUAAAAAAAACCCACCUUUUUUGCGGAAACUGAAAAAUACAGGAAAUUCAAAAGCACCUUUCACCCCAAAACUUGGAAAGAUGCGCAGCACCCGUCAGUUCUUUGUCGGCCCCCACCGCUGGUACACCUCCUGCACUGGGGACUCCCGGUGGGAAUUACACUUUGGAACCACUCGGAACUGCCAGUCGUGGGGUCAGGGAAGCUGCGGAAGUAGAGGCGCCUGGGCGAAUCUCAGCUCCUCCAUUUGCACAACCAUGUGACCUUGAAGAAGUUAAUGAACUUCUCCAUGCCUCAAUGUCGCUGUGAAGUGGAAUGGCGAGCACAGACCGCACAGCACAGCUGUGUUUGGCAAACUCCUGGAAAGAAGGCUCUCAAGAUACCAACUGGUGCUUCUGUGCCCGGCGUCUGUUGGUCGCCCUGCGCCCAGCCCUCCAGCCCCGCCGCGAUGGAGCUGCCCCAGCCGGAGCCCGCGCCAGGCUCGGCUAUCAGUCCGGCCGGCGUGCGCGGUGGCGCCCAGCGUCCGGGCCACCUCCCGGGCCUCCGGCUGGGGGCUCACGGCCUCCUGGGCUCUCCUGAGCGCGCUGCCGCUUCCUCGCCGGUCACUACCCUCACCCAGACCAUGCACAACCUCGCCGGGCUCGGCAGUGAGACCCCAAAGAGUCAGGUAGCCAGCCGGCUCACAUGCCUAUCCCUGUCCCGUCGGGCGUCUGAAUCCUCCCUGUCGUCUGAGUCCUCUGAAUCUUCUGAUGCAGGUCUGUGCAUGGACUCUCCCAGCCCUAUGGACCCCCAGGUGGCGGAGCGGACGUUUGAACAGGCCAUCCAGGCAGCCAGCCGAGUCAUUCGAAAUGAGCAGUUUGCUAUCCGACGCUUCCAGUCCUUGCCAGAGAGACUUCUGGGCCACAGCCCCGUGCUACGGAACAUCACCAACUCCCAAGCACCUGGCACCUGGAGGAAGAGUGAGGCGUGUGGCCAAGCUACCCACAGCUCUGGGGAGGACAAGGAGAAUGUAUGCUUCCAGAAGGCCAGAGUGGGAGCACUCCAGGGAGAGAAGGGGUGGGCUGCUUCUCUGGCAUUUGAUGACACUCCCCCCCCCCCACCCCCGUGUUGCUCGCAGGAUAGAUUUGUCUUCAAGAUGCCGGGGAAGCCCACCCAUCCCAGCUACACCCAUGCUCUGGCAGAGUGGGCCAGCCGCAGAGAAGCCUUUGCCCAGAGGCCAAGCUCCGCUCCCAACCUGAUGUGUCUCACUCCUGAGCGGAAGAUGGACAUAGAGGAACUGACUCCCCUGGCCCCGUGCCGCCUCUCCCUGACCCCCACCAAGGGGGCUGCCGAGGAAGAUGAUGGGUUCGUGGAUAUCCUGGAGAGUGACUUAAAGGAGGAUGACGUAGUCCCCCCAGGUAUGGAGAGCCUCAUUAGUGCCCCACUGGUCAAGACCUCAGAAAAAGAAGAGGAGCAGGACCUCAUCAUGUACAGCAAGUGCCAGCGGCUCUUCCGCUCUCCGUCCAUGCCCUGCAGCGUGAUCCGGCCCAUCCUCAAGAGGCUGGAGCGGCCCCAGGACAGGGACCUGCCCAUAAAGAACAAGCGGAGAAGGAGCCUGACCCCUCAAGGGGAGGAGCAGAUGGAGGCUGAGGAGCCUAAAGCCCGAGUUCUCCGCUCAAAGUCCUUGUGUCACGACGAGAUUGAGAACAUCCUGGACAGUGACCACCGAGAGCUGAUUGGGGAUUACUCCAAGGCUUUCCUCCUACAGACCGUGGAUGGCAAGCACCAAGACCUCAAGUACAUCUCACCGGAAACGAUGGUGGCCCUGCUGACCGGCAAGUUCAGCAACAUCGUGGAGAGGUUUGUGAUUGUGGACUGCAGAUACCCCUACGAGUAUGAAGGCGGGCACAUCAAGACUGCUGUGAACUUGCCUCUGGAACGGGACGCUGAGAACUUCCUGCUACAGAACCCCAUCACCCCCCGAAGCCUGGACAAGAGGAUCAUCCUCAUUUUCCACUGUGAAUUCUCAUCCGAGCGGGGGCCCCGCAUGUGCCGUUUCAUCAGGGAACGAGACAGAGCCUCCAAUGACUACCCCAGCCUCUACUAUCCCGAGAUGUAUAUCCUCAAAGGCGGCUACAAGGAGUUCUUCCCGCAGCACCCGACCUUCUGUGAGCCUCAGGACUACCGACCCAUGAACCACGAGGCCUUCAAGGAGGAGCUGAAGACCUUCCGCCUCAAGACCCGCAGCUGGGCUGGCGAGCGGAGCCGGCGGGAGCUGUGCAGUCGCCUGCAGGACCAGUGAAGGGCCAGCAACCCUUCCACCCGCCUCCCUUGCCUCGUGUGGCCUGGGCACCCGCUGUCCCGGGACCUGCAGGGCUGAGGGCCUGCUGUCCAGGGCAAAGUUGGGGAAGGUGCCCCAUCCGUCUGCCCCUGGUCCCCUCUGUCUCACUCUAGUCAUACGCCACAUCCUGCUGACACCCCUGCCCCCACCCCGGAAGAGCCCAGCCUGCUGACUUAGUGAAAUUGGAUUAAGUCCAGCUCAAAGGAAGUAUUUUCUGUCUAGCAGGAGGCUUUUGGUUGUUUCCUUCCUUGUUUGGGUUAACCCUUUGUCUUCCUGUACCUAGAAAAGCCCCCUUUUUUUCUGGGGGCUUUUUUUCUUUCUUUUCUUUUCUUUUUUUUCUUUUUUUAUAUGAGGCUGAAGGAUGGGCCAGCUGUCCUCCCUGCCCCAGGCCCUCGACAGCACUCCUGAGCGUGUGUGCCAUGCUCCUCUUUCUCAUUCCCUCUUUCCCACUCCUCCUUGUGAACACCUCCAGCACCGACAUGAGCUCUUACUCUUUCCUGUUUCAGUGUUACCUGCAUGCUUGAUUUGUCUGUCUUUUUAUCUGUUUGUUUGUUUUCGUUUGGCCCAUCUCAGGACAUUCACAGGCUAAGGCUGAGGAUCCCCCUGUCCAGUUGGGGUUAAAGACUCAAGUAUUCAUAACCCACUAGGCCCUGGCUUCUCUUGCCUCAGAAAGGGGCGUUACUAUGCACGGAGGCCCUUGCUUGAGGGCUAAGGCCUGCGUCCUGAGCCCGCUGGAAGCCGAGCCCUCUCUGCUGUGAACCCUGGGGCCUGAACCCAUGUCAGAACUUGCUGUCUUGUCAUGGAUGGACAGAUGGACGAAUGGAAGCAUGGAUGGAUGGAUGGCCGUGGAUGCACAAUGCCUUGUCCACACACCGAUGAAGUGCAAGUGUUUCAGUGAGAGUGACAGCCUGUGGCGGGAUAUAUGUGUGCCCGUUUUGAGUGGACAGAAUCUUUCCACUUGAAGAUGUGCAGAUAUUCAAAAGGAAUUGUCAUGGAAGCAGCUAAACCAAGGCCAGCCAUCUCUAGAUUCUGAAUCUCAGGAAAUGGGCAGGGCGUCUUGAAGGCCCAGAUGCGUCAUCUGGUAGGGUCUUGGUUCAAUAAAGCACUGAGAAAGCUGA